CAACAUAGCGGCAACGGAUGCCUGUGGAAUUUUAGUUUUUUCCUGGUGUCGUACAAUUACUUUACUUGGAGAGAAGCCUUCCGCGUAAGUUUCGCACGCACUGCAAUGUCUAAAAGCGAAAUAUACUUUGCUCGGCCGGUGUUUAAUCGAUUGAAGCUAGCCAUUGCCGUGGUUAUUGACAAAACUCUUGAUUGAAUCAUUUUCGAAGUACAUUUUUGUAGUCGUCUUGCUACACUUCGUAGGCUUCCGCGGGUUCGUAUCCUUUUUCAUCUUUAAGUAAGUAAUUAAUUUUUCGGAACAUAAAGUGAAGUUCGAUGUACGGUAGUGAUGGCAGGAAAGAAAAAAGGAAAGAAAAAGGAGAAGAAAACAGGCGAAGCUGCCGAUAAAUUGGCAGCCGUCGAUAGGACCUUCUAUGAACUGACUAUAACAGAUCUCAACAACAAGCUUGCUCGUCUUCGCUCCCACAAUAGUAAACUAGAGGAAGUAAACGAUGAAUUGAACGAGAAACUUCGAAAGCUGGAAGAGGACAGAACAGAUAUCACGGCCUACCUGGACCGAAAUCUAGCUGAGAAGAGGGACGUUAUCCGUGAGAUGAGCGAGCAGCUUGUGGAGCUCUCCAAAGUGCGUGAACAGGAAGCUAAAGAGGCAGCCGAAAAAAUCAGGGAUUGGGAACAACGCCAUAAAGCCACACACGAACAGCUUUCGUCUGAGAUUAAACUCCUCAACGGUAAGCUCAACUCUCUAGAAGAAUUUCGGAUUCAGAAGGACGAAUUGCUCGCAAGGUUUGACCAACAGGAAAAGAAACUUCGGGAACAGCAAAACACUCACAAAGAUGUUAUUUAUGAAAUGGAGCGAAAAGUAAUUAUCGAUAAAGCACAGCUGAAAAAAGAGGUCCAGAGGAGGUUAUAUAAACUUUCCGAUGAGUUUCACAGGUCUGGUGAAAUAAGAAUGGCAGCGUACACACAAAGGCUAAUGAGAGAGAAUAUUGCACUAAACAACGAGAUGGAUAAAAUGAUUGCCUCGCAAUAUGCCAUGGAAGAAAACCACAGGAAUAUUCAACGAAGGAGCGAGCUAAUGAAAUACGAGUAUGUUAACCAGGAGUCGAUAAGGGAGCGAUUGGUAAAAACCUGUCAAACUCAGCUGAAAACCAUUCAAAUCAUGACUGCAGAAUUCGAUGCCCUCAAAGCUAAAUACGGCAAAGCGAGACAAUACAAAAAGCUAUACGAGGAAACCUUGAAACGCGAUGCCUGUGAACGCUUCAAGAUAAGUGACAUGGAAAAGCGAUUGACGAUCCUCAAGCAGCGUCUCGAUACACUGAAGCACGAGAAGGCCACUCUCCUUCAGCUUCAUGAAGCGAAUGAAGCGGAGGUUAUUCGACUUCAAAAUAUAAUCAAACACAUUAAAUUCACUGUCCAGUCUGGGAUACUCAGUGAAAGCGAUGAAAACCAGUGCGAAGCAUACCGUAAAGCUCAACGCCAAGGGCUGCUUUCGGAAAUCAUUCAAAUCAUUACAACCUUAUCUGAUGCCUCGAAAGUUCCAUCCUUAGCUACCGUUAGCAGUGUAAGUUCCAGAUAUCGAACUGGAUCAGCCGGUCUGCUACCCCGUUCUGCAUCUCUUCUUCAACUUUUCAAACGGGAAGCCCGCAAAAUCGUGACAUCUGAGUUAGUAACUCCAGAGCUUAGCUAUAAGUCGAGUGAGGGUAAAAUCAUACCAUCGCCGCGAAAGUUGGAAACUGCAACUCUAUUCGAUGUCGAAUCUGGAACCACAUAUAUUGUUUCGUCUGUGCAUCCAGAAGGUGAGGAGGAAGCACAUGAAGACGAGCUUGAAAAUGAGGAAAUAGUGUACACUAGCUCUUCUGGUCAAUCACAAGCUACACAACCUUAAAUUUUUAAUAAGAUAUUUUUUAAUAACCAUAUUUUUUAGGAUGAAUGUAUUUGUAAUAUUUUUUUUUGAUUUAAAAUAAAAAUGAAGAAAUAUA